AUGAACGCUUCUUCCAGUUUCAAAAUUAAUAAGAAUGUGACGUAUUUGGACACGGGCGUGGUUUGUGACGUCGCGCUUGGUGACAAAACGAAAGAGAAAGUAAAUUGCUUGCAUGGCGGACUGGAAAGAUCGAGAUCAAACAUUAUGUUUUGGACUUUUGACGGUCUUUUCCUUGCACUUUUAUGCUUAGGUGUAAAUGGCUCACAGUCUCUGUAUGAUCUGCAGUGGCUUCCUUGUUCAUUUGUAGAUGAGAAAGUACAUAUAAAUGAAAAAGGCCACAUAGAAACCGAAUAUUUCACCAGAGAGGCUGUCCUUCACUUUGGAAAUGUUGGUGACAAGCCUUUACACCCUACCAUUAUCUUCCUCGUCACAGCCUCUAAAGUGGAUAUGAGGCAUUAUUUGGAGGGAACUGAGGAUAAACUACUAUGUGAGAUCCGUAGAUACAGCACUGGAAGGAAUGUAAUGCGUUGGCCUACUGCAGGAGCACAAGAUCAUGACGUCUGGUUCACCAGUACAUUACGCCAUUCAGAAGGCUUGUUUGUAAUCACCACCUUCCUCAGACACACAACUGUGGCUCCUGCUGAAGUUAAGGAGGACUUCCUGCAAUGGAAUAAAAUCAAUGACAGGGAUCUCCUGACAACAUCAGCUGCGAUGGUUAUUUUGACCCGGACUCCGUCCGUGGAGGUGGGACUCCUGAAGGAGCCAAACCUGGACUGUCGGUUUGCAGUGGAUCAUAAACUGCCUCAUGUAACAGUGGAGUGGAAUCUGCAGAAACAUGGGAAGCGCAGCACACUCUUCAGCUAUUCCAGCCGCACAGGGAAGAUUGAAGGCAGGGGAGUGGCUGUCAAGGCCAUCGCUGCUGGAAAUGUCUCCUUUAAACUUCCACCCACCAGAAAAGACAGUGAGGGCACAUAUAUCUGCUCUGUGAUGGUUCCUCCUCUCAUUGGCAGCCUUGAUAUUCCACUUACACUAAGUGAACAACCCCGUGUGUCUAUAAACGUGGACUCCACUUUGUCUGUGGUACUUGGUACGUACCAGAAGCUAAAAUGUGAUGCAGAGAGGUACUAUCCACUGGACGUAAGCAUUGAGUGGUACCGUGAACCACCUGGAGGCAGCCCUAUACCUUCACUCCUGGAGAAUGUUCUGCACUCCAGUCAUCAACUUCAUAAAGAUGGCACACACUCGCUCUCAGCCAUUUUCUAUCUGCGGCCUAGAAUGGAGGACUCUGGAUAUACGUACACCUGCAGAGUGUCCCAUCAGUCCUUGCUCACUCCCAUUUACAAGAGCUUUUCCCUCAUAGUUACAGAUCCUGACUCUACCUUGUGGUAUAUCACAGAAAUUGGAUUCAUAAUUGCCAUGGUAGUAAUUUUUUGUUAUCUGCUGCCUCAGUAUCUUUCAAGAAGAAGAUCAGCAAAAAAGAGGUUUUUUCUCUGAGGAUUUCAACUACAGCACCAUGGAAACUGACAACACAUCCCUCCCCUCAUCCCUGCAGUUUUCUCCUGCUGCUGCGUUCGCCAAGUUCAGGUUUCAUGAGAAAAUAGGAAGUGCAUUGUGAGGUCUAAUUCCAAACCUCAUGAUUCAAUGCUUCAUAAAAUUACAGUUGAACCAACUAUGGACUAUUUUAAUAAUGUCCUCACUGCCUUUCUGGGCCUUGAAUGUAUCAGUUGCAUUACUGUCUAUGCCAGGUCAGUAAGCUUUUGUAUUUCAUCCAAAAUAUCUUCCGUGUUCUGAAGAUGAAGGAAGGUCUUACGGGUUUAGAAGUGACAUGAGGAUGAGUAAUUGUGACAUAAUUUUCAUUUUGGGGUGAAUUAUCUCUAUUAGGCACUGUGACUCUUUAUGAACUGAAGAAGAAUUGGUUUGUGGAUUUCUGUGUUAUAUUGUUUUUGACAUUUAUACAAUUUAAUGUCAAUUUGUGUUUUGGAUAUGGAUAUUGAUGCUGCUAUUUACUCGUUUCAAAGUUAUGUUAUUUUGCUUGUUUUAAGUUAAUGCCAUAUCUGAACACAAACCUGGAACACAAAACAGUUAUAAAUAAGCUUUCCAUUGAUGUAUGGUUUGUUAGGAUAGGACAAUAUUUGGCCGAGAUACAGCUAACUGAAUAUAUGGAAUCUGAGGGUGCAAAAAAAAUCAAAAUAUUGAUCGCCUUUAAAGUUAAAAAAUGAAGCUCUUACUAAUGCAUAUUACUAAUCAAAAAUUAAGUUUUGAUAUAUUUACAGUAGGAAUUUUACAAAAUAUCUUCAUGGAACAUGAUCUUUACUUAAUUUCCUAAUGAUUUUUGGCUUAAAAAAAAACAAAAAAAAAAACUUUUGACCCAUACAAUGUAUUUUUGGCUAUUGCUAUAAAUAUUCCCCAGCGAAUUAAUACUGGUUUUGUGGUCCAGGGUCACAUACUGUAUAUGCUUUGAUAAAAAAACAAAUAAUAAUAAUAAUAAUAAUAAUAAUAAUAAUAAUAAUAAUUGCACUUACAGUACAUGCUUUGUUAGGAUGAAUAAGCAACUGUUGUAAAAGUUAAAUG